ACCAAGUCGAGGAGAAGUGUCGUUGGUUCGACGAUUAAUAAGGUGCCGAAGCUGAGUAUUGAUGGUGACAAGGUUGGGAAUGAUAUAGAGAUUGGGGAUUAUGACCUUGAGGAAGGUGAUAUGGUUGAGGUGGUCGACCUGUAGCAACCGUAUACUGGCAUGGUACAAGUACUUAUAUGUUUACUGUUGUGAUGGGCUGCCAGUAAAAUUCCUUCUAGCCAGGAACUACAUUAUCGACUGAUUAUACCAAUUACUGACAUUAUCUAGCAUUGCCAAUGCCAAUUCUGAAGAAUUAGUUCGAACAAGAGUGGAUGAUGUAAUCACUUUGUUACCCAGUUAUCGACUGUAAUGUUCAAACGCUCGAAAACUAAACCAACUCAAAGGAACCGCGGUCUACCUGAAGACGAUAUUGCUGAUGAACGCUCUCCGGCUGCUGAGACUGCCGGAACUGGCACAGAUGUAGACUUAACCACCGAUUCGGAGUCACCACUUUUGGCUGUCAAAAAGUUCAAGGAUAGGACAAAGAAGUCGCAGCCAAAAUCAAGACUGAGUUUUGGCGCAGAGGAAGAUGAUGAGACUUCAGGAGGCGAAGUCUUCAAACUGAAAAAAUCAAAAUUGAGUAGGAAUUUAACUCUUAGUAAACAUUCUACUAAAUUUCCAGACAACCUUGAUCAAGCGACAAUAUCACCCAGCCGCAAUGGGCCAACAUACGAUGCAGCUUACCUCCAGGAACUCAAGAAGAGUACUCCCUCAUCUCGAGCACCGCCGCAAACGUCUGUGGACCCUUACGAUGCGGAUAUGUCCAUGUCCACUGAUGUAACAAUGGACUUGGGAGAUGUUUCUAUGCUGGAUGUUGUAGACAUCACAGGGGAAUCCGAUACACUGAUACACACGGAAUCUGCAAUCAAAAAUGCCAAAGAACGUCGCGAGCGGUUACGAAAAUCGGGCGUUUCCCCAUCCGAAGAUUAUAUAUCCCUAUCUGUGACGCGAAAAGCAGAUGAUCAGGGCCCUCAUCCCGAGAGCAGGCUCGUUAGAGAGGAGGACGAAUUGGGGGAAGGGGAUGAUGAGUACGCUGAAUACACCAGUGCGCAGGAACGGAUUGCUCUGGGGAAAAAAUCACGCAAAGUCGAGGUUACUAAGCGGCGUGAAAUGAUGCAAGAGCUGAUUACUGAAGCAGCGGAUGAAGACGAAGAAUCUGUGGAAUGGGAGCACGAGCAGCUUCGACGAGGAGGUCAUCUUAAACCAGAUACAUCUACUUCCAAAGGCAAGAUCAAACAGACGUACAUACCAGCUCCGAUACCUCCUAUUGCCCCUAUACCCACUCUUAAUUCUGCACUUACACGUUUAACUCAACAAUUAGCGCAAUUGACAACAUCUCAUGCAUCGAAUACGGCUAGCUUGAACACUGUUGCCCAAGAACGGGACCAAUUAGACAUCAGGGAGAAAGAACUUCGGGCCCUAGUGUCAAAUGCUGAAGACAAGAGAGCUUGGUUUAGCUCUUUCAGCGAAUGGGUAGAGAGUGUUGCAGCUUUUCUAGACGAGAAGUAUCCUCUACUGGAAAAAUUAGAAAGCGAACAUAUUUCUCUAUUACAAGAGCGUUUCGAUAUCAUUACCAAACGAAGAUUGCAAGACGUGGAAGAUGAUCUUUCCACUUUCUUAGGUCCUUUGCCUUCAACACAAGAGGACACAACCCCAGAACUUGAUGAGUUUGGUCGGGAAAUUCGCCGAUCAGAUCCCGCCAUUGCUCGUCGGGAAUGCCAAGAACGACGCAGUAUACGGUACCAGCGAUAUCAAGACUUCAAGGCAAAGGCAAGUGAUGAGGGGUACUGGACAGAUUCAGACCUUCCUCCGCCUGAUGAAGCAGCAUAUCAGGAUGCUUUAGCAUCGAUUGCUACGCGCACGCAUGAUGUCCUUGCAGAUGUCAAGUCCAAGGAAUUCUUGGAUCCGGCUAAAGGUAGAUGGGGAACAUGGAGAAGUCAGUAUGAAGAAACUUAUGUUGCUGCCUUUGGUGGACUUGGUGUUGUCAGUGCUUGGGAAUUCUGGGCAAGGCUGGAGUCUGUUGGCUGGGACUGUAUCCAGGACUCCAAAAGCUUAGACAGCUUCCGAUGGUAUCACGGCCUGUACGAAUUCUGUCGUCCGGGAAAUCCUAACAUGGAAGGACGGGAACUAGGACCUGAAGGUGACCUCGUAUCCUCCAUGGUAUCCACCGCUAUCAUUCCAAGACUUUCCAAAAUUAUUGAAACCGGUGCGCUCGACGUCUAUUCGUCUUCUCAUGUUCGACGGGCAGUCGAUCUAUCAGAAGAACUUCAAGCUAGUGUUUCUGAAGUAGACCAGGGGCACCUCAAGCUUCAAAUUUUUUACAAGGCUGUUAUAGCUUGCUUCACCAAAGCGGUAUCGGAAAAUGAAGCAUUGCUUGCAAAAUUCAAUUCGGCCGGUCACGGUUCUGCCUCUACUUUCAACCCAGAAGCCAUACCUGCUCGGAAACGAUACCUCGCGCGGCAGCUAAAAUUAAUAUCUAAUUUGACGAGAUGGAGGAAAUCAACCGGAGAACUUUUUGGUGUCGGCCAACUAAUAACGAAGGUGGUAGAUGGGUGCAUGGACGUCGCCGACAGUGGAUGGGAUGUUGGAGGGGAAGAGGCUCUCAAGAAGAUUAUUCCCAUGCUCCCGAAGGAUCUGCAAAUGGUUGGCUUAAAAUCGCGACUAGGAAUAGCUUGAAGGUCGUAUGCAGUACUUUUUAAGAUCCGGCUUUUCCUUGCAAAAAUAAUAUAAUAUAUGCAUGGUUUAUACCGCAAUAUUCAUCAAGAUCCAACAUGAAUUUUAUCUCUG